AUGAGGAAACUCGUCGUCUAUUUCAUCGUUCUUGCUACCGCUGCCUCUAUUAUUGGCCUGCAUGCGCUUCCAAUUUCACCUCCUUCGGAUCCAACUAGUGCUAUCGCCUUAUUCCAAAGCAAACUUCAGUUCGCCUUAAAUAAAUACGCACAGAAAUUCUCGGGCACAGGAGAGUCUUACGUGGAAGGAUCGUAUUUCGAGUUGGGAACGUACAACUCGUCUCACGCGGAUAAUUCCUACAGCACGUAUGCGAAAGAUGAUGGUCUGGAUUACUGUUAUUACGUUCAGAUCUCGGUGGGAGGGCAAAAUUUCAAUGUGUUGCUGGACACCGGUUCUUCGAAUCUCUGGAUUCCAAGUAAAGAUUGCACUUCUCCGACUUGCUUCAUGCGCAAUAGAUUUGAUUCUUCAGUAUCCUCGACCUUUAAAUUGAGCAAUGCGUUGUGGAUUAUCUUCUAUGGUUUUACCGGUGAUUCUUCGGUGUUUGGUGUCGUCGGUCAAGAUGAUGUCGAGAUUGCCGGAGUUAUUUCCGAAGGUCAAACUUUCGGUCUCACCAUCUACGAAACCGACGAUUUCAUGCCAUACAGUUUCGACGGAAUCUUAGGUUUGGGAUUCGAUAGUUUGAAUACCAUGGCGGCUCCGUCGUUGAUCUCCAAUUUGAUACUGCAGCAAAAAAUCGAUCCAAUCUUUGGGAUCCACCUUUCUCAUUAUUUGAAUUUUAGCGACCAAUCAUCCAUCACUCUGGGCGGCGUUGACCAAAGCAAAUUUCGAGGUGAGAUCACGUUCAACCCGGUCAUCAACUCUUACGGUUUUUGGCAGAUUGACGUGGAUGACGCUCUUGUCGAUGACGAACCGAUCGGUUUUGUCGGCAAAAAUGCUAUCACCGAUACUGGCACCACCUUGAUCUACCUUCCCCUAGCCGAUGCCGAGGCAAUUCACGAGUUGAUUCCGGGAUCCAGGUUGGCUCGCAGCCAAUAUUAUUUCAUCAUCCCGUGCGAUAACACCGCCGUAGUCGCUUUCAGAUUUGGCGGCGUGGACUAUGAAAUCCCUCCCGUAGACUUGAUCUUUGCUGCAAUUGGUGGAAACGAAUGCAUCUCGAACAUUGGGGUUGGUGCCAUAAACGGAUCCGACACGUGGCUCGUCGGUGCGACAUUUUUAAAGAACGUUUACUCCGUGUAUGACUUGGAACAAAGAUCAGUUGGAUUUGCGUUCAACGCCGACACCUAA